UAACUCUCCACCGUUGUCUACCGCAACUUCUAUUUCAAUAUCUUCGCGUUCUCGAUACGAACAACAGCCUUUAUUCACUUCUCCUAAUUCUCCUAAAAUGACUACCCAUCCAACUUUACCUCCCAUUAGUGCUCUUUCGUGUGACUUUUUACCACCAUUAUUGUCUUCAAGUCAACAAGGAACUAGUUCUUUUAAUUAUAGAAAUCAAACAAAUGUUGACAGGCAAGACCACUCAAGAUACAUGAGUGGCGGUGGUAACGGUGGUGGUUUACUCUUAAGUUCUCAGUCGGCUCCUUCCACACCUUAUCCUGCGUCACCUUAUCCUUCAUAUUUGACGUCGCCUCUACAAACUCAACCACCUCCUAUUCCACAACAACCUUAUUAUCAAUCACAGCAACCACAAAGAUCCCCUCCUACUUCAUAUUAUCCUCAACAAAAUUAUUCCACUUCUUAUCCUCCAGCCUAUCAACGACAAUCAUCGCCUUCUCCGGUUCAACCAUCACGCAGGCAGCAGCAUCAUCCAUCUCAUUAUGCACCUUAUAGUGUACCUCAAAUUUCACCACAGAAUACUCAUUCUCAUCCACCUUUUCCACAACAAACACAACCUUCUUCACAUAUACAACAACAUGGUAUUCCACCUAUACGUCCUUUUCAAAGAAGUCAUACAUCUCAAACUGUUAUAUCAGAACCUUUUGUAACAGUUACUCCAGAAUUAAAUAAUAGGCCGCCUAGACGGCGUAGAAGACCUCCAUUUUCUUAUUCAUCAUUAAUUGCUCAAGCUAUUUUGGAUUCUCCGGAUAGAAGAUUAACUUUACGUGAAGUUUAUCAAUGGAUAAUGGAACGUUAUCCACAAUUAUACAAAGCUGAUGAUACUGGUUGGCAG